GCAGCGCGGUCGGCGUGUUUUGUAGCUGGGGCACAGAACAUGGCUGGAGGCCGGGUUUUCGGAGUGCAAGCGCAGUGACUGCUGACCCAGGAAUCCCGCGGACUGAAGCCAUCGUUUCAGCAGGACAUGAAGAUGAAACCACCAGUCUCGUCUUCACUUUGCGCUAAUGAACAAGAGGAGCACCAGGCUCCAGUCAUUCAGUGCGGUGUCAUAGGCGAGCCCGUCGACACCUGCACCAAGUCAGCUGUCUCGUGUGCUACUCUGUGGAAUGGACAAGCGAACACCGCCUGUGAAGAUAGCGCAAUGCAAGUUGAUAACUCUGAGCUUAUGCAGAAUGGCCAAGUCGGCACUUGCCCCGAGAACGGUGUCGAACGACUUGGCGCAAAUGAAGUCGACGUGAGCAGCGGACAAGGCACAGGCCCAAGAGUUAGCCCCGAGAAUGGUGUCGAACGACUUAACGCAAAUGAACCCGAUGUGACCAGCACACAAGGCACAUGCCCAGCAGACGACGCAGUGGCUGUGGGCACUGGAGAAGAUCGGCAGAGAGACGAAGAGCAUGUUGACUCUGAAUACGCCGAUGGAGGACUACCCUGCGACGAGGACGAAGACCUAGAUGAGCAGCUUGAGGCAGCUUACGGUGCUGGCGUUACAGUGGACUCCACUGAGGAUAACCCUUCUCCUGAAGACUGGGAGACUGAAAUAGUCCCACCUUUCUUUAUAGUGCCUCAUAAGGCAUACCUUUAUGGAAAGAAAGUGUUUGUUCCCUCCGACCUCCACGCUCCUACAGUGCGUCGGAGGCCUCCACAGUUUCAAGCUGUCCACGGACAGUUCGACGACUGCGACACGUGAGGUGUUCUUAUGGCACGCUUGGAGUUUUUCCUUGUUGGCCACAGUUGGAAUGUGAAAUAUCCCAUGCGCAGAUGUUCCAUUGGCAAAAAAAAAAUAAUAAAAAAUCACGAAGAGAAUGAUUUGUCGAAAAAUGCUCACUGGUCUGUGUUGUGAUUUUUGGAUUUUAAUUUUUCUAGUUCAUGACUGAUGCGAAGCUGUGUUUACAUCAUGAAAAAGUGCAUUGUGGCCUUCUUUGCUUAAUAUAAACUUAAUUUGCAUUACCUUCCCAAAGCAUCCUCAGGAAUGGGAGUCCUUUGCUUUGUCUGUGAUUUCAGUGCAAGCGAUGCUAGGUAAUGCAUAGCAGAAAACACAGACUUGCCUUUGAGAGCUCCCGAGUUGUGUAAGAAUGCCAGUGUUUUGUAUAAAGUGGGGCAGGUGUUGCCUGAAUGUGCAUGCUAGCCGCGGCACUGUCUGCUUGGCUGUUUUAUUCAGUGAGGGUUUGCCUGUUAGUUCAGGAGCUGUUCACUUGUUGCUAUGGUAGGGGUUAAAGAAUUGGGUGGUAUUGUGCUUAAUAUAUCACAGCUUAGUUCAAAUGCCAUCCGGUUUCAAUGAUGGGAAACCUAUUUUCUCUAUGAGAGCAAUUGUUCGAGAUCGUGACUAUUGGCAACAUUGUAAUGUAUUGCAGCUUAGUUCAAAUGCCAUCCUGUUUCGAUGAUGGGAAACCUAUUGUCUUGAUGAGAGCAAUUGCUCGAGAUCGUCACUAUUAGCAACAUGGUGUGGCGGUUGACCGUAAGCAGUAGUGAAAUGCUUACAACCAGGUUUAUGGUAUUUUUCUGUGUCUUACUGGUUGUACCCGAGUCUCAACAUAAAACCACAAGGCAUUGUGCCUAUUCGACAAUUCUGGAGUUUUCUACCAUCCAUCUUGUUCAACCACUGCAGUGUGAUGAGUUUUGGUUUGAUGGGAAAGUGUGCACUGCUUUUUUCAAAGCCAAAUAAAAACUGCUUGUGAUUGAG